AUGGAUGAGCAGGGAACUAAAAUCCAUGCCAAUGUUCUACAGAAAUGGGUUCCUAAGUUCAAAAGUUUACUUCAUGAAGGGGCUGCCAUACUGAUAAAAAAUCCUACAAUUGCUCGACAUGCGUCCAAAUACAAGUUAAUUGAUAAUUCAAAAAAGUUAAGUUUGUAUUACAAAACCUCUGUUACCAAUUGUCGGGAUUUUAAGGGUUCCAUGUUUGGUUUUUCAUUAGUCAAGUUUGCAAAUGUUAUAUCAAAAAUUAUUCCAGAACAUACAGCAAUUGAUGUAAAUGGUGAGGUCGUUGCUUGUGAGACAAUGGUCAGUCUUCCAGACAACAAUGGAAAACUGAAGAGACGGAUGCAAAUUGAGAUGCAAGACUUGGAGGGGAUUAAAAUCCAAGAUACAUUGUGGGAUGCAUUCGCUCAGGAAUUCAGUGAUUAUGUUUCUAAUCACAAGGACAACGGGGUUGUUAUUCUUGUAAUUCAUUUUGCAAUGGUGAAGAUUUACCGAGAAAAACCAUUUCUUUCUAAUUCAUUUAAUGUUACGAGGUUGUUCAUCAAUUAUGAAAUUGAUGAAAUCAGGGAUUUUAAGAAUAGGUUCAGAAUUCCUUUGAGAGUUCAAGAUGAUACUGGAAUUGUAUCAUCGACAUUGUUUGAUCAGGAAGCUAACAAGCUAACAAAUGAUGAUAACAUCUUGAAUGAAUUGGAGAUGAGAUUUGCUGCUCAACAGCCUGCUGAAUUUGAAUCUGUAAAUGUUCAUUCAACAGAUUUCAGUUCUCAAAAGAAGUUAAAGGAUGAUGUAUCAUGUACUGGUGAGAAUGCAACACCCUCCGAUGUGGAUAAGAGUACAGCAGAUAGUCUGAAAUCACAAGAGAAGUUGUAUGAGAAAAGGCUUGGUAAAGGUAUUGAUCGUAAACGUAAUUUUGAAGGUACUUAUGAUGCCGAUCAUGAAGGGAAAGGAUUGGCAACCAAAACUCUAAAAAUUCCAAAACUUGAAAAGUGA